AUGCCGAAUCCAGUGCGGACAGACCUCCAUCAGGUGGACGAGACAUCGUUCCCCUACGUGUUUGAGCAGAACGCAACCAUUGAGCUCAAGUCCAGCGAUGGACUGGUGCGGUGCAACGUCUUUCGGCCCAAGGGCUCGGGCCCCGACAAGAAAGUGCCAGUCCUAGUGACCUAUGGGCCGUAUGGCAAGGACACGUACUACGGAGACUUUCACGCCCAAUCAUUCUCCGAAGUGGGCCCGGAGCACAAGUCGGCACAUUCAGCCUGGGAAACGCCGGAUCCGGGUUUUUGGACAUCUCAUGGAUACGCAGUGGUGCGGGCAGAUGAGCGGGGGAUCGGACAGUCGCGCGGCCGUCUGGACACUAUGUCACGCGGCACGAGCGAGGCCUUCUUCGAGGUGGUCGAGUGGUGUGCCGAGCAGGCCUGGUCGAGCGGCAAGGUUGGGCUGCUGGGCAUCAGCUACUAUGCAGGCAGCCAGUGGCGCGUGGCCGCACGACGACCCAAGGGAUUGGCCGCCAUGAUUCCAUGGGAGGGCAUGUCGGACUACUAUCGGGACCGCUGCCGACACGGCGGCAUCCUGUCGAACUACUUUAUCCGCUUCUGGUGGAACCGCCAGGUGGUGGCAAACCAGUACGGUCGACCACACGACGAGCCGAUUGACGAGGUGACCAAGCUGGUCGGUGGCGGACCCAAGCGGCCGCCGUCGGCGCCUGAGACGCUCGAGGGCAAUCUCAGUGCCGAAGAGCGGGCACAGAACCGCCAAGACCAGACGAUCGACAACCAGCGCUACCACUUCCGCGACGACGAGUACUACGCGUCCAAGGAGUACGACAUGGCCGACAUUGCCGUUCCGCUGCUCUCGGUCGGAAACUGGGGCGGCAUCCUGCUGCACCUGCGCGGAAAUCUCGAGGGCUACGCUCAUGCCGGCUCCGAACGCAAGUGGCUGCGCAUGGUUACCGGGCGCCAUGAUUUGCCCUUCUACUAUCCCGAGGAGGUCGAGGUCCAGCGCUCUUUUCUCGAUGCUUUCCUCAAGGGCGAUGACCGCGAUGGCUGGACCACCGGCAAGGUUCCCCCCGUCGACCUGGUGCUGCGCAAGGGUGAUGCCGGCUUCAACGACCCGGCCGCCGAGAAGGCCAUCUUUCCACGCCGUGCCGAGACCGAGUGGCCGCUUGCUCGCACUGAAUACGUUCGCUUUUACCUCACGCCCGAUCGCCGGCUGACGUCCGACGUGGCUGCCGUUGCUGUGGCCGGCCGUCCGGCCCGUCGUGAGAAGCUCUCCUACAAGGCUCUCGGCUCGCUCGACGACCCCAGCCUCAUCCAGUUCCGCACAGAGCCGUUUGCAGUCGAGACUGAGAUCACUGGUUACGUCACUGCGCAUCUUUGCGUCAGCGUCAGCGCCGACGCCGGCGGCAUCACGCCCUCGGACAUCGACCUCUUCCUCACCCUCCGCCACAUCUCCGCCGCCGGCAAGGAGGUCUUCUACACCGGAACCGCCGGUGAUGCUGUGCCUCUCACUAAGGGCUGGCUCCGCGUCAGCCUCCGUAAGGUCGCCACCCACCACCGCAAGCACCGUGACUACCUGCCCUGGCGCGAGUACCUCAGCACCGACGUUCAGCCCGUCGUGCCCGGCGAGAUCUACGACGUCGACGUCGAGGUCUGGCCAACGUCUGUGGUGCUCGAGCCUGGCGCUCGCCUCAUCCUGGAGGUUGCCAGUGGUGACACCCAGGGCUGCGGCAUCUUCCAGCAUAAUGAUCCGGUCGAUCGGGCGCCGAGCAAGUUCCAGGGCCAGAACCACAUCUGCUUUGGGCCACAGGAGACGAACUACGUCGUACUGCCAGUCAUUCCGCCAAAGUAG